GUUUAACUGCUCAGGACAAACAAGGGACUCGUGAACAACUCUCACAAAACAUUAUAUGGUUCACCAUCCAGGUAACGACACGCAGUGUUAAUAAUCGAGCGUGUGUAAACUUUUGAUCUGGUUCAUUUAUGUAAAUUCAGUUAUUAUUGUGUCUUGUGGACUAUAAUGUAAACAUCUGUUAUGUGAAAUAGCUUAUUCAUAUAAUUUUUAUAAUCCGUCUUAUUAAAAAAAAUUACAUUUUGCAGAUUCUGCAAGGAGUAUGUAAACUAAUUUGUUGCAGUCGCAAAAAAAAAAACAAAAAAAAAAAAACAAAAAAAAAAAACUAGAUGAACAACUAAUAUGUUUUCCACGUAAUGAAGGAUGGGACGGAUGCAAUUCCUGAAAAGAGCUUUUAAUAAAGAGAGACAGGCAGACAAAUCCAAAUCAUGAGACAAUAGUGAGGUCAAGAAAGAGGCAAUGAGUCAGGCGAUUGUCAAACAGGUAUAAACUGGGCAAGGCUAGACUUGAGAACGAGAAACAAGAACAGGGUACAAACACUUGGUACGGUUAUAACACUCAAUACGAAGUUCAAAAAGACACGAGGGGUUUAAAUGACAAACGUAAUCGUAAAGUGUGCAAACGCAUCGAGCUCGCGCUUCGAGCUUGCACAACGAGCUUGCAGUUCAGGUCUCCGUGCACGCUGCACGCUACAGCGCUGGGGGGAGGGGAGUCGUGACAGACCCCCUCCCAAGAGCACACUCUUCUCCCCUGCCGGUCCUGGCCCAAAAUGUUUUCAGCUGAACUGGGAGACUGAGCGGCGUCCUCAGUUGAGCAGGAAGGCAGAGAGGCGUCCUCAGCAGAGCAGGAAAUCGUAGCGUCAUGCUCCAUUGACUCUGCUGGAUGAACUUGCUUUUCCGUGUCAGAAGACUCGGGUUUGAGCAGAACUUGGUUUUCUGUGUCAGAAAACUCGGGUUUGAGCAGAACUUGGUUUUCUGUGUGAGAAAACUCGGGUUUGAGCAGAACUUGGUUUUCUGUGUCAGAAGACUUGGGUGUGGGCAGAACUUGGUUGUCCUUAUCAGCAACCUCAGACAGGAACUUGGCAUGGAAGGUCGCCUCGUCGAGCUAAAUCUGGAAUUGUUGAAAUUAUUGAAAUCUGAAACUGUGCUGUCUCUUUCACCUCGGACACGAGUCGACACAAAUGAACACACACUCACAAAUUUACAAAGUCAAGCGUGACAGUUUGAAUCCAUUUGAAAGUGUCUCUGCUGCAUUUUGCUCACACACUUCACACAUAUGUUUGGUGUGAACAGUUUCCUCACAGAGACACGGCAAGGCAAGUUUAUUUAUAUUGCACAGUUCAUACACAAUGGUAAUUCAAAGUGCUUUACAUAAAAAUUAUGUAGAAAAUACAAGGCAUUAAAAAAUAUAUAAGAACAAAAAAUAAAAGUAAGAAAUAAAAACUUGAAAAAUGAAUUAAAAUGAGCAAGUGAUAAAAAAGAAUUUUAAAAAAUUAUGGGUAAAGAGGGGAAAAACUGAAAUGAUAUAGAUCAAUCAGUAAAGUGCAGCAUAGUGUUCAGUCAGUAAAUGCAAGGCUAAAUAGAUGUGUUUUCAGUCUGGUUUUAAAUGUGACCAGCGUUUGUCCACAUCUUACUUCUUCUGGAAGCUGGUUCAGAAGGGGCAAUGGAAAAAGAGUCAGGGGAAGUGGACGUUGUUUCACUUUCUUUUUAAGACAAAAAUCUGGGUGGGUCAGAGAUUGUGACAGACUUUUAAGCGAGCCUUUGAAAGAACAGGAGCUUUAAUAUCUUUCUGAAGUGGAGUUGGUGUGGAGAUCUGGGAGUGUGAACUCAGGAUGAAGAUCCUCCUCAUCUUCACCCUCUGUCUGAUCUCAGGUAAAGAAAUGCACUUCAGAAUAAUCCUCACUAUCAGCAGCAGUGUUACAUGAAGUAAGGUUUUGCUCAGAUGGAUGUUUGGUGUUUUGUUAGAUGGAGGAGCCUCCAAGGAAGUAACAGGAUAUUCAGGAGGACGAGUCCUUAUCAAGUGCAAGUAUCAUACAGAAUACAGAGAAAACCAAAAAUAUUUCUGUAAGCGUUCAUGGACAUACUGUUCUGACCAAAUAAAGUCAGGAGCUAAAAUCGAGUGGAUAAAUUCAGGAAGAUUCUCACUGUUUGAUGACACCAAAUCAGCAGUGUUCAGUGUGAUGAUCAGAGAGCUCACUGUAGAGGACACUGGGACGUACUACUGUAGAGUUGAUUUACCCAGGGGAAAAGACAUUUACACACCGGUGAAACUGAAGGUAAAGGAAGAUCUGUCCUAUGAGAAGUCCAUCAGUAAGACUGUCCAUGUAGGAGGAGAUUUGAUUGUCAGCUGUAAAUACCCAGAAUCCCUCAGGAGUGACUCCAAGUUUCUCUGCAAGACGGGGCUGCAACGUGCUGCUUGUUCUUAUAAAGCAUCUGUUAAAGAAAGUAGAAAAUAUGUAAAUGAGGGGAAAUUCUCCUUGUAUGAUGACGGAGAAACACAAAUGUUGACUGUGAGUAUUAGAAGUGUAACUGAGCAGGACUCUGGUGAAUACUGGUGUGGAGCUGAAGCAGACUGGAAAUCUGAUCAUGGAUACAAGGUUUAUUUCACACAGAUCGACCUGACAGUUACUGAUCCACGUGUCCCUGUUUCAGCAUCAGUGCCAACAAUAUAUUCAUCAUCUUUACCAACAUCAUCAUCUUCAUCAUCAUCAUCAUCAAUGUCUACGCCAACUUCUCUUGAAAGAGGAUUUCCAGCUUUCACUGUGAUCACUGUGUCUGUAAUUCUGCUGCUGCUUCUGACUGGAGUCAUAUUCCUCAUUGUGAUUCUACAUAGGAGACGCAGGACGCAAAGCCCAGAAACAAUGACACAAACUUACAGAGAGACAAAUGAAGAUUAUGAAAAUGACCCAAAUGUGCUUCAUUUGCAGUCAAGACAAAUGACCAACCAAUCAGAUUCGGUCUAUAAAAGUCUGAACCCCAACACCAACCAAUCAGAUUCAGUCUACCAAAAUCUGAACCCCAACACCAACCAAUCAGAUUCGGUCUACCAAAGUCUGAACCCCAACACCAACCAAUCAGAUUCAGUCUACCAAAGUCUGAAACCCAACACCAGCCAAUCAGAUUCAGUCUAUCAAAGUCUGAACCCCAACACCAACCAAUCAGAUUCAGUCUACCAAAGUCUGAACCCCAACACCAACCAAUCAGAUUCAGUCUACCAAAGUCUGAACCCCAACACCAACCAAUCAGAUUCAGUCUAUCAAAGUAUGAACCCAAACACCAACCAAUCAGAUUCGGUCUACCACAGUCUGAACCCCAACACCAACCAAUCAGAUUCAGUCUACCAAAGUCUGAACCCCAACACCAACCAAUCAGAUUCAGUCUAUCAAAGUCUGAAUCCCAACACCAACCAAUCAGAUUCAGUCUACCAAAGUCUCAAGUAUUAAACCGACCAGUUGGACACAGUUGGAGUCAGAAAUUGCCCUCUAAUCAAUGAGAUUGUUGCUGCCAGAUUCUCUAUUAAAGUGGACUGGCCUCUUACUUGAAAAUUAUUCUAGUUUCAAACUAAAUUGUGGAAUAACCUCUCAAGAUCAGAUAAUGUAAAUGAAUAGUUUUUCAAAAAGCCAGUUUAUUACUGUUCAGAAGUUUGCUAUAUGCUUGGAAACCAGCACAUGGAAGUGCUGAGAGCCUUCAUCCUCAUCCUGAAAUGUGGUCAAAUAAAGUGUAUAAAAGAUGCCAUUUCAUAUGUUAGAUAUCA